ACGUUCUCUGGAAACCCAGAGGAAUGGCCUUUGUUUUUCUCAACCUUCAACAGCACAACAGCAUUGUGCGGGUUUACCAGCGAGGAGAACAUCGUCCGCCUACAACGAAGCUUGAAGGGCCGUGCGUACGAGGCAGUAAAAAGCAGACUGCUGCAUCCGUCAAAUGUAGGCGGGGUCAUGUCAACCCUGAAGAUGUUGUUUGGGCAGCCAGAGAUAAUUGUACACACUAUGAUGUCCAAAAUAAAUUCUCUUCCGUCACUGAGAGAGGAUAAACUGGAAGCUCUUGUGGAUUUCGCCGUUAGCGUUGAAAACUUUUGUGCGACUGUGGACGCAUGUGGAUUAGAGGAAUACCUCUACAAUAUCUCCUUUCUCCACCAACUCGUUAACAAGCUUCCCCCAUCGAUAAAGUUGAGCUGGGCGCAAUACAGACAGACACUACCGACGGUCAACUUACCGUCUUUCAGCAAUUGGCUAUACUCACUUGCAGAAGCUGCUAGUGCUGUCACCAUUCCGAAUAUACCCUUUGAUUCCAAACCGGUUCGUGUCGACUCACGAGUGACAAAAAGGAGCAAUUCGUACGUCAAUGCCCACUCUGAGGAAACUUAUCCAGGUAAUCACUCCGCAGCGCCAUCCAAUGCGGAAACUGUAGCCGAUUGCUGCCCAGUAUGUGAAGGAUGCUGUAAAUCGAUCGCAAGGUGCAAACGCUUCCUGGAAUUCUCUCGUGACUCCCGCUGGGCAACCGUUCGAGAUCUAGGACUAUGUCGCAGAUGUCUACGUCAGCACAAAGGAUGGUGUCAAGCAAAGGUUUGCGGCAAGAACGGCUGCGAGUUGAAACACCACGAGUUGCUGCACAACGACCAGAAAAGCAUGCAACAAUCGUCCAACACUUCAAGCAACCAAAACGAACCUUCCCCGACUCAGCAUCCAAAUCCCACACCGCAUCCAAUGCCAAGCUCAUCCGAGCACGGGUGUCAUGCUCAUCAAGUUACAUCUAGUCAAGUUCUAUUCCGCUAUCUGCCAAUUGUGCUACAUGGAAAGUACCGGUCCAUUAAAACGUUCGCCUUUCUUGAUGACGGAUCAGAACUCACUUUGCUCGACAAAGAACUGGCGGACGAACUGCAGCUUGAAGGAGAGCCGAUGCCAUUGUGUUUGCACUGGACAGGAGGAGCCACACGUCGAGAGGAAGGAUCAAUGACCGUCAAGCUGGAGGUGUCUGCGCAGCAUAACGAAUCGAAACGGUAUCCAAUGACUGAUGUACGAACAGUAGCAGAAUUGCUUCUUCCUUCGCAAACACUUAACCUUCCAGAGCUAUGUGAACGAUUCCCACAUCUCAAGGGUUUGCCUAUCACUUCCUAUCAAGAAGUUCGGCCCAGGAUUCUAAUAGGAAUGAAGGAUCAGCAUUUGAGCUUGAUUCAAAAGAGUCGCGAGGGUGCUCUACACCAACCAGUCGCGGUCAAAACUCGUCUCGGAUGGGCAGUCUGUGGUGGAGGGAAUCAAGAUAACUCCGCAAACCUUACCCACUCAGUAUUUCACGUAUGCGCCUGUGACUCGCCGACGGACGAUAAUCUUCACCAAAAAAUGAAGGAGUAUUUCGCAGUCGACAGCCUAGGAAUUGCUCAACCUAUGAAAACUCUUCGUUCUUCCGAGGAGGAGCGAGCUCUCUCUCUUCUUGAAGCUCGCACAGUAUUCAAGGGAGACCGCUACGAAACAGGCCUACUAUGGCGUCAUGACAAUCCACGUCUACCUGAUAGUCUCCCAAUGGCACUCCAGCGACUGCAGUGCCUUAAAAAGCGAAUGGAUAAGAACCCAGAGCUCGCCGAAGCUCUCAAUCAGAAAAUUUCCGAUUUCGUCGUGAAGGGAUACGCUAGAAAGCUUAACGAAGAAGAGCUAAGCCGAAAACAUCCACGGAUAUGGUAUCUUCCAAUAUUUCCCGUUACGAACAUAAAUAAACCUGGAAAGAUUCGAAUGGUCUGGGACGCAGCUGCGACCGCAUACGGCGUGUCUCUGAACUCAGUUUUACUCAAGGGACCCGAUCAGCUUUCCGAGCUCUUCACCAUACUGAUCCAGUUCCGCGAAGGCCGUUUUGCGCUAUCCGGUGACGUGCGUGAGAUGUUCCUGCAAGUGCUUAUGCGUCCAGAGGAUCAGCAAUGCCAACGUUUUCUGUGGUACGACCAGGAUGGAACCCUAUCUGUCUACGUUCUGCAGGUGAUGACGUUCGGAGCGUGCUGUUCUCCAUGCAGCGCCCAAUAUGUUAAGAAUUUAAACGCAGAACGUUUCAAAGGUGACUAUCCGGCGGCUACCGAGGUGAUUCAGAAGCGUCACUACGUCGACGAUAUGUUAGUGAGUGUAGCUACAGAAGAAGAAGCGAUUCAGCUUGCUCAAGAAGUAAAGCAAGUUCACGCAGAAGGUGGGUUCGAGAUCCGCAAUUGGGUUAGUAACUCCAAGCGUGUCAUCCAGGCAUUACAAGAGGACCGAACAGAAAAGAAAAAUCUCGACGCGACAUCUGAAAUAUCCCAGGAGAAGGUUCUCGGAAUGUGGUGGUGCACCGAUUCGGACACAUUCACUUACAAAGUAGGAUGGAAUCGAUACGGACAAGCUCUAUUGGAAGGUCAAUAUCGUCCAACGAAAAGGGAUAUGCUGCGCAUUCUUAUGUCUAUGUUCGACCCGUUAGGGCUAAUCGCUCACUUCCUUAUGUAUCUCAAAAUCGUUCUACAAGAAGUAUGGCGUUCUGGAAUUGGCUGGGAUGACCAAAUCGACGAUGUUCUUUACGAGAAGUGGCAAACGUGGCUUGGAGUAUUGCCGCAAGUCGAACGCACUAGUAUUCCUCGGUGUUAUUUCGGUGGAUUCACAACUGCCAAUGGAGACGUUCAACUGCAUACAUUUGUUGACGCUAGUGACAAUGGGAUUGCUGCUGCUUGCUACUUGCGUUCUGUCCGUGAUGGUAUCGUAGAAUGUAGUUUGGUCGCCGCUAAAACUAGAGUAGCACCUCUGAAAUUUCUUUCCAUUCCGAGGUUGGAACUCCAAGCAGCAUUAAUAGGUGCGAGACUGGCUCAGACGGUGUCCAAAGCCAUAACGAUUCCAAUUACGUGCCGCGUCUACUGGUCCGACUCACAAGACGUACUAUUCUGGAUUAAAUCAGAUCACCGCCGCUAUUCGCAAUUCGUAGCAUUUCGUGUCAGCGAGAUCCUCGAUACCACUGAGAUGUGCGAAUGGAGAUACGUUCCAACCAACCAAAACGUUGCCGAUGAUGGGACCAAAUGGAAGGGACCACCGGACCUGAGUUCUAAAUCUCGAUGGUUUAUCGGGCCACAGUUCCUGUAUUAUUCAGAAGAGAAUUGGCCCCAGACGUCGAAGAGUACCAACACUGCCGAUUUGGAGCUUCGCCCGAGUGUGAUGUCACAUUUCCAGGCGCGAAAUUCUGUAAUUAACGUCGAAGAAUACUCCAGUUGGGACCGGAUAAUCAAAGUCGUCGCCUUACUACACCGCUUCGCUAGCAACUGCCAACUGAAGAUCCAAAGAAAACCAAUUAUGAUCGGGCCCGUCUCAAACUCGGAAUUCAAAGUUGCCGAAUCAUACCUCUUGCGUCAAGCUCAGCACGAAACCUUCCCGGAUGAAAUAGCACACCUUACAAGAUCACAGGAGAACGUUGAGCCACCUGUUUCCACAAUUCCUAAAUCAAGUCCUCUUUACCGGAAAUCUCCAUGGCUGGACAAAUACGGUAUAUUGAGGAUGCGUGGUCGCAUAACUGCUUGUGACUACGCGACUGAGGAUGCAAAACACCCAAUAAUACUCCCCCGUGACCAUCAUACCACAAAGUUAAUUGUUACACACUAUCACCAAAAGUUCCACCAUCAGAACCACGAGACCGUCAUUAACGAAAUCCGCCAGAAAUUCAGCAUUCCGCAACUGCGCUCGACCUAUACCAAAGCGAGAAAUAACUGCCAACGUUGCAAAAACGAUCGUGCUGUUCCACGAGUGCCCAUCAUGGCCGACCUGCCUGCAGCACGCCUGGACGCAUUUACUCGCCCGUUCACGCAUGUUGGUGUCGACAUGUUCGGGCCGUACGAGGUUAUUGUCGGUCGUCGAGUAGAAAAACGUUGGGGAAUGCUUGCCACUUGCCUAACGAUUCGUGCGAUUCACAUAGAAGUUGUGCAUUCCCUCAGCACGGAUUCGUGCAUCAUGGCCUUGCGCAAUUUUAUUUCACGAAGGGGUAAACCACGAACCUUCUAUAGUGACCGCGGUACCAACUUCGUCGGUGCAAGGCGAGUACUACAAGAAACAGAAGGUGUCGUCAACGAAGAAAAGCUGAUGAAAGAAUUUGUCGAUACCGAGACAAGCUGGACGUUUCUUCCCCCAGUCUCACCGCAUAUGGGCGGUAGCUGGGAACGCUUAAUUGGUAGCGUUAAGAAAAAUCUGAUGGCCAUCCUGCCUACCAGAAAGCUUACGGAUGAAGUCUUGCGCAACCUUCUAACAGAGAUUGAAAGUACCGUAAACUCGAGACCGCUAACACAUGUUCCAGUAGACGACGAUUCAGCACCCGCCUUGACCCCAAACCACUUCCUGCUCGGGUCAUCCAAUGGGUCAAAACCGCUGUGCAACGCUGAUGACAGUGGUAGUACCCUUCGUCAAACCUGGCUGCUUUCUCAGGUCCAGGCUAAUCGAUUCUGGAAACGGUGGGUUACUGAUUACCUUCCAGAGAUAACCCGCCGCACGAAAUGGUUCGUGCACACAAAGCCGCUAGAGAUCAACGAUGUGGUGGUGAUUGUCGAUCCCAAAUCUCCCCGAAAUUGCUGGCCGAAGGGCAGAAUAAUCAACGUCCAGCCCGGAAGAGAUGGUCAACCGAGGUCAGCCACCGUGAGGACUGCAACUGGAAUCUACGAGCGACCAGCAGCUAAGCUGGCCGUGCUAGACGUACGGCGCGAAACAUAGUAAGCUGGUCUAGAGACCGGCGUACCUGGGGGGAGUGUUGGCGAAUCCACGCCACCGCGCCUUCACUACAUUGUCGGACCAGCCUAGAGUCGGGUGAUCCAGAACGACUUCGAGACUACGUCAGGUAUCGGGUGGUACCGAGGAAUGGAAUGACAGUUUUCACUGUCAUGUGGUGAGUUACCCACACACAGAAAACUGAAUUGUCAAUCAUGAUGUAACAAAAAAACAUGAUAAGCGAAAGUGAACUUGCAUACUUUUUUCAGUCAUCAAAAAUAGUUAAUUUAAACCUUGAAUUAUAAUUAGUGAAUUAUAUCUAUGCUUAAAGUUAAACCUAAAUCUACAUAAUCGACCGCAUAUAGUCUAAACGUAACCUAUCCGCUAUUACUGAAAAAGGUAAAACUAUAUAUGUAGAAUAUCAUGCAUUUGUUAAAACUCUAAAAUUAUAGUACGGCAGAUUAUAUAGUACGGACUAGUGCAAACGAAACGCAAAACAAACAUACAUUGUACCAACGGUGGAUGACUAAUCGAUUCGACUCGAGACAGACUUGUACUGACUACACGGAGGGAAACGAAACAUUGAAAUCGGGACUAAACGUAAGUGACAAUUAGUAACAUUAGACAUGCAUAUUUCUCUAUGAUUUAUAUUGAACAGCACAAUGAAAGUUAAUACGAACUACAUGUUAAAAUUAUGUAACAUUCUUAGGGAAAUAAUAAUCAUCCGGAUUAAAACCAAAAAACCCAAUCGCCGGUCGUUUUAUUUCCGGGAUUAUUAUUGCGGAAUCACCCGAGGUUGUUGGCAAUUUCCAACAGUAUUGGUGUACAUUGAAAAUCGUAAUUCAAUCAUCAUUUCCAUGUUGAUUCAUGGUUUUGUCGAAGGUAUUUACUGCCCUCACUCCCAUAACACUCCCAUAUAAAUUGGUGAUUUGAUGUUGCACGAAGAA